GAGCCAAUCACGCGCUUCGACCGUUGCUCCCCAAGAUGGCGGCUUCCAUUGAGCCGCUUUGCUCAUCCUCGCAGCAGAGCACAGAUAUUGCCUUAUCUCUGGAUCAUUUGAACUCUCCCCGAGGCUGACCACAGAGAGCUGAGCGGGGCCGCGCUGUGAAACACGGAAGCCGUUCCUUCCCCUUCACCCUAUUGAGCUUUCAUGGUACGCGGAGCCGGGCUCGGUGUUGGGCUGAAGGGGGUUGUGCUAUCCGAGUAUGGCCACCGACAACAGGAUCAAUUUCUGGAGGAGAAACACUAAGGUUCCCGGAAGUGUGCAACCAGUUUAUGGAGCACAGCAUCCACCUCUCGAUCCCCGUUUGCGACGCACGUACCCAAAAGACUCAAAGCCCAAAUUCAACAACCUUAAGUCUAAAAAAGCUUGCAGCUUCCACGAGUUUGCUUGCAGCACAAAUGAUGCUUGGGACAUUGACGAUGAGGAGGAUGAAAUCUUGUGCGGGACACCCUUCUCGGCUUCCUUUACGCCUUCAGGCCAGGACUGGACAUCUGUGCACAACCAGCAACUACGGCAUCAGACGGGUGAAACCGAGCAUGUGUUGCCUCACAUACUGACUCCACCCAGGGACGAGGGUCACAACUCCCAAAGGGACGACGGCUCAGAGUGUGAGCGUGUCAACGGCAAAUUUGUGAAGUCUAGUAGUGACGCCGAUCUCAACACGACCUCAGUCCGCUCCUCGCUGCAGAAGCAGCAAUCUCUCCCAGUGCGUCCCAUCAUCCCUCUGGUGGCUCGUAUCUCGGAUCAGAAUGCGUCAGGGGCUCCACCCAUGACGGUGCGGGAGAAAAGCCGCCUGGAUAAAUUCAAGCAGCUGCUGGCUAGUCCCAACACUGACCUAGAAGAACUGCGGAAACACAGCUGGUCGGGAAUACCAAGAGAAGUCCGGCCAAUCACGUGGAGGCUUCUCUCCGGUUACCUGCCGGCCAACAAGGAGCGCAGAGAGCUGGUCCUGAAGAGAAAGAGAGAAGAGUAUUUUGGGUUCAUAGAGCAAUACUAUCACUCCAGAACAGAUGAGCACUAUAAAGACACUUACAGACAGAUCCACAUUGACAUUCCAAGAACCAACCCGCUCAUCCCUUUGUUCCAGCAGCCUGCAGUCCAAGAGGUAUUUGAGCGGAUUCUGUUUAUCUGGGCCAUCCGUCAUCCAGCCAGCGGUUACGUCCAAGGGAUCAACGACCUCGUCACACCUUUUUUUGUCGUCUUCUUGUCCGAGUUUGUCACGGAGGAUGUGGAGAACUUUGACGUGGCGGCUCUGCCUCUGGAGACCCAAAGAAACAUCGAGGCCGACAGUUUCUGGUGCAUGAGCAAGCUGCUGGAUGGCAUACAGGACAACUACACCUUCGCCCAGCCUGGAAUCCAGAACAAGGUGAAGGCGCUGGAGGAGCUGGUCAGCCGGAUAGACGUGGAUAUUCACACUCAUUUCAAGAAAUAUGAGGUGGAGUACCUGCAGUUUGCGUUUCGAUGGAUGAACAACCUGCUGAUGAGGGAGCUGCCACUUCGUUGUACCAUUCGUCUGUGGGACACCUACCAGGCUGAAGCUGAAGGUUUCUCCCACUUCCACCUGUAUGUGUGUGCUGCAUUUCUCAUCGAGUGGCGCAAAGAAAUCCUCUGCAUGGUUGACUUUCAGAGCCUCCUGAUGCUUCUACAGAACCUCCCAACCAUCCACUGGGGAAACGAGGAAGUGGGUCUCCUCCUGGCCGAAGCCUACAGACUCAAGUACAUGUUUGCAGACGCCCCCAACCAUUACAAGAGAUAGGCAACCAAUCAAACGCGCCUGUGACUGCGAGCACCUGAGCAGUAUUUUGGUGCAACCCUGAGCAGACCGACAGUGGGAUAAACUGAACUUUAUGCUGUGAAGAUGAAGUUUGCAGAGUCUCGCCGUGAUUUUUGGAUUUUCGUGCAGAAGCUCCGGUGAAUUUCCUGGACUACAUGCAGUAGACGACGUACUGCACUGCAUCAACGGACUGUUACAGUAUAUCCACCACAUGUAUUUAGUUUUUCUUCUUCUCAGAAAAACAUGCUGGCAUUUUAAAGGAUGGUGAAUGUUUGUGAAAUCCUCCUUUAAUGACAUCUGCAGAUUCUAUUUUAUAUUUGUUUUUCUAAAACAAAAGAAACACUGUAAGAACCAA